CUGUUAUCAGUGGCAGAAUUGAUCACGAGGCCUGUCCAAGUCACUUGGCUCUGAUAUUCAAAAGCCUUUUAGCCAGUGUGUGUUUGUGAAGACUGAAUGUGUGUAGCUGCAGAGAGUGGACAUAAAACAUCACAGCUGCUGGGACCCGUACUGCUGCACCUGGGAAAUGGCCAAGUCUGAAUGAUUACGCAAGACUCAUUUAAGCGAUUUUUUUUGCCAUUGUAACAGUGGCAAGCUGGCAAGUUUGGAGAACAAAAUGACAAUCAGAGCGGCUCUGUUGAUCCAGCGCUGGUACCGUCAGUAUGUUGCCCGGCUGGAGGUGAGACGCAGGUGCACGUGGAACAUCUUCCAGUCUAUUGAAUAUGCAGGAGAGCAAGACCAGAACAAGCUCCACAAUUUUUUUGGUUUCUUGAUGGAACACUUCACCCCAGCCAGCAGUGAAAGAAACCUAAUAUCUCACAUCUUUCGUAAGAAUGAAAUCUGUCAGGACACAGAGUGGGAGAGAUACUUUUGCUACAAGAACGUUGAGGUCCCCGACAGCUACACUGGCCCCCAUCUGACCUUCCCCAUGACUUUCUGUGGGGUGUCGAAGCUGGUGGAGGCCUUCAAGCACAAACAACAGCUUCAUGCUCGAUAUGUUCUGCAGCUUCUUGGAGAGACUUGGAGAAAUCUGAGAGGUCUUCCAAAUAUCAGUCAAGUCUCCUCCUGCCAUGACAAACACAUUACCAUAUGCGGAGACUUACACGGGCAACUUGAAGAUCUGCUGUUGAUAUUCUACAAGAAUGGUUUGCCGUCCUGUGAGACACCGUACGUCUUCAAUGGAGACUUUGUGGAUCGCGGUAAAAACUCUUUAGAGAUCCUGCUCAUCCUGUUUGGGUUCCUGCUCGUCUAUCCCAAUGAUGUCCAUCUGAACAGAGGGAACCACGAGGACCACAUUGUUAACCUGAGAUAUGGUUUCACUAAAGAAGUUUUGGGAAAAUACAGGGUGCAUGGCAAGAAGAUCCUAAAGCUUCUGCAGAAGAUCUUCAGCUGGCUGCCUCUGGCCACACUGAUCGAUAACAAGGUGUUGAUUGUGCAUGGUGGGAUCUCUGACACGACAGACCUCAACAUGUUAGCCAGAGUGGACAGACACAAAUAUGUGUCAGCUCUCAGGCCUCCUAAACUGACCCAUGAUGCAGUCAAUGGCAGUAAGGCUCAGAAUAUGAACAGGAGCGGUGAUGCUGGUGGACCACUGGAGGGCCGGCGUCGAGUGUGUUCUCUGACUUACCAAGGCUCGACCCCAGCUCACAGGCAUUACUUCCAACGCCGCUCGCUUCAUCACACACCAGUGAGCAGCCAAAUCAACUGGUCAGUGGAAGAGGAGCUGAAAAGGAGGCGCAGGCUGGCUGGGUUUGACCAGUCCUACGGUGAGAUGAAGUCGUCUGACUCUGACUCAGACCCGGAGUCUGGUGAAACAACACAGUCAGAUGUGGAUGAGUGGAAACAAAUAGUGGACGUGUUGUGGAGUGAUCCAAUGCCCCAAAAUGGCUGCAUACCCAAUGAGGUACGAGGUGGAGGCUGCUACUGGGGGCCAGACGUCACUGAGGAAGUGCUGGCAAGACACAACCUCCAGCUCCUCAUCCGCUCCCAUGAAUGCAAACAGGACGGUUAUGAGUUCUGCCACGACCGCAAGGUGCUUACUAUAUUCUCAGCGUCUAACUACUAUGCGGUGGGCAGCAACAGAGGAGCCUACAUUCGAAUGGGCCCCGAUCUGGUCCCCCACUUCAUUCAGUAUCAGGCCAGCAGUACAGGCCGAGAGCUCUCCCUGAGACAAAGUGUCGGGUGGACAGAGAGAUCAGCCCUGCGAGCUCUAAGGGGACAACUGUUCGUACAUAAGUCCGAUCUUAUCAGUGCCUUCCAGGAGUUUGAUCCAAACAACAAAGGGAUGAUCUCUUUAAAGGACUGGGCCACUGCCACAGAGAGAGUACUGAAUCUGGGUUUGCCCUGGAGGGUGCUGCGCCCUCAGCUUGUCAGCAGUACCCAGUAUGGCAUGGUGGACUACCAUCAAUGGAUAAGGGAGCUCUCCAUCACUGAGCCCAAACUAGAGGUCUCAGAUAACAGCAUACUGGACACUAUGUACAAAAACCACUCCAACCUGGAAACCAUCUUCCGGAUCAUAGACACAGAUCACUCAGGUUUGAUUUCUAUUGAGGAGUUCCGGCAAACCUGGAAGCUCCUGAGCUCUCAUCUUAAGACAGAGAUCAGUGACAAGGCCAUCACUGAGCUGGUCCAGAGCAUCGACUUUAACAAGGACGGGAGCAUCGAUAUCAAUGAGUUCUUGGAGGCUUUCCGACUGGUGGACCUCUCUGCACAUACCUGAGAGCCUGGACCAGGAGCUGUAGCGGAAGCCUGCUGCAUAGAGAACACACAGGACAGUUUGGGUAGAUGUUCACCUGGAUACACAUCUGUGGAAAUUCAAAUUAGUAGUACCUUAUUCAUUUGACAUGUGCAAAUCAACCUACCUCUUAGAUUUGUGGCUCUCUUUUUUAAUUUUUACUUUUUUGAGUGUAUUUAAGGAGUUGACGUAUGGUAACGUUCAUGUAACUCCAUGAUCCGCAUAUGUGAAAAAUGUUGAUAUAGCCUUUUGGGGUCAUGGAGUUGGAAAGAAGUGAGCUUACCAGACCUCUGCAGCCCACUCCUCGUCUCUACUUAAGGCUAGCAGCUCAAGGCUACAUUAGCUGCCACUAGCGUAAUCAAACCGAAUCUCUGACCAGUAUGUCUGGACUCAGGUUGCAUUUAGGGUAAUGUAGGUGCUAUGUUUUACCAAGGAAUGAGUGGAAUAAAAAUUAUGCUGCAUCCAUUUUAAUAUUUUUUGUCUCCGUCCGUUGUUACUCUGACAUUGUUGAGUGCAAUGCUAAAUCAAUGGAACAUUCUUCAAGGGUAUGUUAUACUAAAAUUUACUCUUUAGACUACUAAAUUGAAUACAAGUAAGGCUAGCCAAGGCAUGAAUACAUGGUCCACAGGCUUUUCCUUUGAAUUCAACUCUAUACAUCAUGGAGCUUGAUCAAAUUUGAUCAGUGAGAAAGCGGCUCUACCUCAGGUCUGAAAUUCUAAAUAUUAGUUCUCAGUCUGUGUAAGCUACAACUCCUGCACAUGAGUAAUUAUUCACUUCUGACUGUGCUCUGAAAAACAGUCUGUAAUUCAGACCCUCUCUGCUGCACGAGGGGAUAUAAUCUGUCUGAAAGCUGCUUAAUCAGUUGAACUGCCAGACAGUCUACAUUCAGGACAUGAAUCCUAUCAACACAAGCCCUACUUUGAUGAGAUGCUGGAAAGAGCUUGUCUGAAGCUAAACACAGGUGACAUGAGAUGGCCCAUAUUUGCACAACAACAACAACACAACAAUAUGUAAUCUCUACAGAUCAAAAAAUAGACACGCACCCAUUGUGAUUUUCUUGACUGAUUACAAUUUCCGCUCUUUUUAAUUCUGACCUGCCAAUUCCGAUUUUGGCCAAUUCUAAUUUUCUUUUUUUCAAAGAACUAUAAUCGACAGCAUACACAAACAUUUUCCGAACUUUUCUUUCAAGGAAAAUUCUAUUUCAUGUUCAUAAUAAAACAUUACUGACUAAAUAACUAACAUGUGUUUAACAUGUGUUCUUCUUUGAACACCGCAUAUUUUUUUCACUUGCAAGAGCCCGUUCUCUGCCCCCAACCCCAUGGACCAUAGUGCAACUGCUCUGCCUACACUAUCAAUAUUUAUGUUCCUU